AUGCCCUACGCCGUCCCCGCCGUCGAGCGUCCCUCUCCGCCGUCGUCCAACACAUCCAGCAUGUCAUCCUCCGCCGUCACCAGCCCCCGCGCUGCCCAUCGCCGCACCCGCUCCGCCAACAACUUCUCCGACGAGCGCGGCCCCGGCGCCUUUGCACCCAUGGGCCAACUCCCCCGCUCGCAUAAGCGACGUGUCUUCCACAUUGACGUCCCCGAUGAUGACUCACCGCCCGACGACGACAAGUCCUUCGACAUUUCCCCCCUCGCCACGCCCAGGCCCAUCAACGGCACCGCCAACGGCUACCUCUCCCCUCCCAACUCCCUCCGCCUAUCCAUGACCUCGGGCAAGUUCUCACCCGCCGUUGACCCUCCCUCGCGCAUCGACAUCCCCCCUCUCCAGCCUGCCUCUGUCCCAUUCCCCACAUCAUCACCGCUCUCCCCGUCUGACACAGUCUCACCUUUAUUUGCUGCUUCCUCUUCCUUGUCCUCUUCUCCUCCCGCAUCCUCCCUCCCGCGUACCCCCAGCACCCCUAUUAUUCUCUCCAACGGCAAGCCUCUCAAGCCCUCUCUCAAGUCAUCCUGCUCUUCUCCCAACGUCGCCGGCAUGGUGGACCGCGCCCACAAGCAUCUCCGUGCCCAAUCGGCCCCCAGCACACCCGCUGGGCCCAAGAACGUCCACUUUGCCGAGAAGGAUGCCGGCCUCGAGACUGUCCGCGUCUUCAACCGCUCCGGAAAGCCCGCGAGUCUGUCGAAGCCACCGGGCGAGGAGACCGAGACCGAGACAGAGGCAGAGUCGUCUUCGUACGUUCGCAAUUCCUUCCCCUUCCCGUCCUUCGCCGCCGCCCACGCACACACGCGCGACGAGCUCCCUCUACACGAGAUCGAUCCCAGUCCCGAUCGUACGAACCUCGUGCCUGCGCCCAAUCCCUCGCCCUACGCCAACAUCUACCUCGAGACGCUUGCCCUGCCGAGGACGCGCCCACCCGCGCUCCGCGGUACGGUGCUUGUCCGGAACAUCACCUUCGAGAAGCGCGUCGUUGUCCGUUUCACGCUUGAUGACUGGCAGACGACGAGCGAGGUGACGUGUAAGCACGUCGUGAGCCUCCCGAGCCUCCCGCCACCGUUUCCGCAGGCGCGCACGAUGGGUGAUGUCGCGGGUAGCAUUGCACAUGGAGAUGUACCCAAAGUGGAUAAUGCAAAGUCUUCGUGGGAUCGAUUCAGCUUCACUAUUCGCUUAGAAGAUUACGAGCACAAGCUUUGCGACCGCACGCUUUAUCUCGUCGCUCGGUAUUCCCCCGGCUGCGGUGGCGAGUUCUGGGAUAACAACGGCGGGAAGAACUUCCGCGUUGGAUUCCGACGCGUGGCGUCCUUGCCAGCACACUCGCAUAACCUCGCUGGAAUGGGCCUCGGCAUGGGCAUGGGCAUGGGUCUCAGCUCAGCGGAACAACGCGCCCAGCAGCGGACGUUCAGUGCACCAAGCACGAUGCGUCCAACGCCGACGACGGCUGCCAUCAGAGACCGCGAGAGCUCGGAUGGCGCGAGGGAGCGUGCGCUUGCAGCCGCUGCGGCGGAGGUCGAGGCGGAGAAGGCAAGAGCGCAGCCAUAUACUUCUUCGUAUGCGUAUGGUGCGCCUCCCUCGCAGCUGGUCCGCUCGAUGUCGUCGCCGCAUCAGCGUUCGUCAUUGUCUGAAGAUAAGGAGCGUCCUUCGAGCGUGCCGACGAGCCCCACACAGGCGUACAUCAAGAAGAAGCUGAGCCUGUCGAACUACGUCGCGCCUUGUGUCGAAAUCGCUCGCGAGACGACGCCGAUCGGGAGAGCGAGGAGUGCAAGUCUGCCCAGCGGGGCAGGCAUGAGUGCAGAUUCAACACCGAGUAACAGAAGCGAGGAGAGUCUCUGCUUGAAGAACGAGGAGGGCUCGCCAGGCCCGCAGCGGCCGUUGAUGGUGCUGAAGACGACGAUGAUCGGCGGACACCCCGCGACCAUGCUCGUACCGGCGCACGAGCUCGAACCACUGGAGUUCAAGCUGCCGUAUAGUGGCGUGAACGGGUUCGGCGCAGAGAUGGGUACGGGUUUGGGGAUCGAGUUCCCGGCGCCGGGAGUGAACAACAUCGGCCUCUUGAGUCCGCCGAGGAGCCCCGAGGAGCAGAGUCCGGGCAGCAGCACGAGCACGACGGGUACCCCGAGCGGGGCUGCGCAUCGCGAACGCGAUUCGAGCUAUGCAGCGCUCAUUCGCCAGUGGUGUUUUACAGGCAGCCCGACAGGCAUGCCGAGCCCGAACGGCGGCGCUUUUGGGAAUGGAGGCGCGAAGGAGGGUGCGAGGGGAUACGGGUUCCCUGGGUUUGGAUUUGGAAUGUCGGAUGCGGGCAUGGUUGGAGGUGAGUUGCGAGUUCUUUUUAUGCUUGGUUGGUGUUUGGUGUCGAGGUGGUGGUGA